AUGUCCGAGUCCGCGCCUACACCCACCAUCACCGUGACAGAGCCUGAACGCGUCUACGAUGCGCAGCCAAAGUCCCUCCCCGCCAUGACACACAAGAGUUACCUGUCACUCGUCUUCUUCACGACAGCCUGGCUUCCGUUCGUCUUCAAGUGCGCCGCUACGAAGACUUCGAUGCUCAAUCUCGCCUGCAUGUCUCCCGCCUCAUCCCGGGCUACCACUACCAGAGCAGCCACUUUAAACCAAACAGUCACCAGCAUAACAAUCUCGGCAGAGCUACUCGCCCCAAGGACGGCCAAUGAGCGAGUACCGCAGGCCGCGACGUUGCCUGGCUAUAUGUGCAGGCGAAUCCGUAGACUACCUGCUGCGUCGUGUCGGGCUGAAACUCAUCGCUGGAGCUCUCAAAGAAGAAUCGUUGUCUUUCCAGUGAAUAAUCCACCACUGUGGUGUCUCUCUGAUCAAGAGUCAUGCUCGGUUGAAAUAAGAUUCGACAACUUGAGCUCUCACUCUCCGUUUGAUUCGAAUUACGCUCUCCUUAACUCAACAAAAGCUGCCUUGAUCAUGCAAAUGUUCCCUAGGUAUGCCGAAACAACCAAACACGGUAUACCUCGAUUGAAAAUCUGCUCAUGGGAGUUGCCACUUCUCCUCUGGACGUCAAACAAACAUGCCAUUCAGGAGAGGCAACCACACCAAUCACUUAAAAAGGAGCACAUCCCAACACCCCUUGAAGUCUUUCGCCACAAGCAUCGGCCCUUCGCAAAGAAUCGUUAUCACGACACCUCCCAUGGCUUGAACUCGAGUCGUAUAAUACAAACCCCAGAAAGUCAAAAAACACGACUAUGCACAAACAAGUUCCCAUAUCCCCUCACGUCAAAAAGAGGGACAGCUACAAUCUGA